GAGCAUGCCGGGGCGAUCGUCGGCUGAGUGGAUGCGGGUGUCCCUCCGCACGCCGGGCAUCUUCAUCUUCGGAUUGGUCAUGGCUCCAUGCGGAUUGGUCCUGGACCUAACCGCGACUGUGGCCCCAAACUGGAGGACCCUCCACAACCUCCCCAACACGGCUUCUGACGUUUUCAUCCAACAGGGCAUUUGGGACAUCUGCAGGGGCACCUCAACCAGCACGAGAGACCAGUGCAACCUGCAGGACACGUCUUAUUUUGGAAACCAGAUCAUCGAGGUCGCGCAAGGUCUCAUGGUCGCCUCUCUCAUCGUGACUCUGAUCGGACUGGCCGUGGCCAUCCCAGGGGUCCGCUGCUGGAGAGACCGGCCCAACUGGGUCGUGGCCGGGAUGGGUGGGCUGUUGAUCUUCCUCUCGGGCGUCAUGACCAUCAUCCCCAUCGCCUGGUAUACCCACAUCCUCCAAAACGUCACAACGGUGUCACCCACAGUCGACGUGCGCGUCGGCUACUGCAUCAUCUUGGGCUACAUCGGCGGGAUAUUCGAAAUCCUCGGUGGGUUCGUCAUGUUCAUCGGAAUCUGCCGAUGCUGCGGAGGCAAGAACCGAGGGGAGACGCGAGUUGACGAGGUCCAGGCCAGCAGGUCCAGACAGCAGCCGCUACCGAGACGUGUUGAAGUACCAAGCCUGACCCGGGGCAGAACCAACCCCAGCAGCGUGGCUUACAGCAAUGACUCACUGGAUGAAGAUGUGUCCUUCCCCCGGGCCAAGAGCCCCGCAGUGAGGCCAGUUAACCCGUCCUACAACGGCAGACCCUAUGAUGCUGACCUCUGAGUGACAUGUGACCCACAUCUGGAGACACUGGAGAUGGACAUGUUUGCGGAAAGGACAGUGAGAGGAGAAUAUUCUAGAAAGAAGUAAUGGUAAUAAACGACUGUACAACGUAAUUGAUCUAGUCUACUGUCAAUCUGCUUAUUUGUUGUAAAGGCCUAUUAGCCUAACUAUAUGAUGUAUUUAUAGGCACAAUAAGGCAAGCCUACUUCAAGACACCUACUAAUUAUGAGCCAAAUUGAUGUGGAAUGAUUUACUAUAGAUGCCAUCAAUACAAGUCCACCAGGAAUAUUCAGUGUGGUACUUUAUAUAUGAUAAAAUGACUGUGGAAUCUCUAUAAAGAGAAGCAGAGUCACUUCAAAAUCAGUUCACUUUGAGCGUUACAGUGUUUCGCAAUGAGUGCAGUGAUAUUUGUAGGCAUACAAUAGUGCUAAGUGAUGUGUGAGUGACAGAGCCCUGGCUGCAGAUGAGACUCAUUAUGGAUUAUGGUUAUGAAUAAUGUUCACAUCAUUCUAAUCUAUGACCUCCAGCAGGGCCGUAAGUGCCAGAUUGAUUAAAUGUAUAACAUAAUGUAGGAAACUGAAGGUUUUGUAUUGAAGGAUCGGUGAAUCAAUUUAAAGAAAACUGAUGUUGAGUCAAAGUUUACUGUGGCUGUGUAAUAUUCUGCAGUGUUAGAACACUUGCCUUCUAUGGUAAAGGUAGUUUUUGGUUUUGUUUUGUUUUUUGCAUUGUUUUGUGUACAUUGACUUUGCUUACAUCUUUUAUCUCAGUCUUUGUAAAUACUCUAUUCUUAUGCACUUUAUAAUUUUGGCCAACCUUAUAGGACAACAGACCUGUUCCUGAAAAAAAAAAACACCCUGAGUUGAACACGUUUUUUUUUCCGAUUGCUCUGUGAUUCCUGUCUAUUAAAUGUGCACAGUGUUUCCUAAUAA